GUACGAGAAGACCGCCGAGAAGGUGUUCUAUGACCUGUACGGCGAGCGUGGUGUGAUAUGUGUCACUCAUUCGAGGCUCAAAGUUGCUGACGUCGAAAUGCAGUUGUCAUCCAAGGUCUCUUUGCGCGUAGUACUAAGUACUGCGCGUUGUGCCAACGGCCACACGCCGUCUGAGGAACUGAAGACACCGUCGAGGAGACCACGCAGUCGCUCUACAUACCUGCUGAUCUGCUGGGCGAAAGCCUUCGUACAGACGAAUACGCCGCUGGGCGAGAAACUCGAGAACAUCCGCGACGGCACGGAGACGCGUUGGAGUUUCGAGUUCAACCGCGUGGACCUCGCGAAGGAGCUCAAGGAGGUCUGGAGAGCCGGUACUUGCAGGCGUCGGCAUUCAUCGAACAUCUCUCGCAUAAGCGAACCACUGGGUAAUAUUACACAGCCUGGUGCUUUCAGCUCGGGGCACAAAGGCCUACGAACAACUCGUACCCAUUGUCUAGGCGAAGGAGGCGCACACUCUUGCCUAUAGCCAAUGUUGUGGGAAUGUUCACCUCAGAUUCCCAGUGUACGAGUGUGAUUUACGAGACUUAGCUGCCCGUGUGCGCGCACAUGGGACCCACUCAUUCAUCACGACAUGUACGUUGUCAGUGGCCUUUUGCAGCGUUCAGUGUGUUAAGCAUUACUUGUACGACGUAUCCAAGUAGCGGUUGCGUCCAUCGUUACUAACUCAUUGACCAGGCGAUCAUGAGAGGACUCAGUACGUCGAAGGUAUAACGGGAGUUGAUCGUGAUAUUCGACAGUAGUACACAGUACACACAU